ACAGAGAAGAAGGACACAUCGGCCCGCCUUGUUUGAUAGGCGCCGUGAUGUGGCGCGUCUGUUCAUCGUCCCCCUCAUCUGAAGCACACCACAAGAUGGCGGCACAAGGUUCACAGGGAGACGACGAUGUAUGGCGGAGGCUCGCGAACGAGAUUUCUCGAGGAGCCGAGUACGAUUCCCACGAACGCCGCCCUUUUUCCCAAUGUCUUCCGGAAACCCGCGUUGAGCUCUUAGACACGCUAGAGGCGUCUUUAAUACAGCAGGAUAACAAGCUGGUUUGGCUCUUCGGAGGCUCUGGUUCGGGCAAGUCCAGUGCCGCCUACUCUACCGCAGAACGCCUUCGUAGCAAAGACCAGCUAGCGGCAACAUUCUUUUUCUCGCGCAAGGAUGUUUUCAGGAGCAGUGCUGACCGUGUCUUUCUCACCAUCGCGUAUCAAAUAGGCCUACUUCACCACCGUGCUAGGAGUGCUAUUGCAAAGGCGAUUAAGCACGACCCUGACUUGCUCUCCCCCCAGAAGUCUCGCCGCGAGCAAUUCAACAAAUUAGUCGCUACUCCGCUGAGAGAACUUCACAUCCUUUGUACGAGUAGGACAACUUCUCAUUUACAAGCCUUGACAAAACGCCAAGACAUCAUCGGUCUCGUCACGCCUCUUCACAUUGAGGCUUUUGAUGCCACCGAGGAUAUUAAGCUGUACCUCCGCUGCACCUUUCACGAAAUCUAUCACUUGCGAGACCUCGAGUUUGUGCAUUCUCUACCAUGGCCUACCGACCAUAUUCUCAGCUCGCUGGUGGAUCGGAUUAAAGGACACUUCAUUGUAGCUGCGACAAUUUGUCGACUCGUCCGUGACGCAUCGGAUCCUACCAACUGCCUGAGCGUAAUCUCAAGCAUAUACACGGGCGAAAUCGAUUCCCUGGACCUCACUUUGGGCAGCGUUGAUUCAGUCUAUCACUAUAUCAUUGCUAGUUGUGACCCUCAGGAUCAGCACUCUGGCGUCCUCUGUCUGUCGGACAUCAUUUCACUUGCUAGUCCCCUCUCUUUAUCCGACAUCUGUAAACUAUUCGCUGCGGACAUUCGGAAGCGCGUUGCCCAUCUUUCAGCCAUCGUCUAUAUUCCACCCAUGGAUUCACCCAACUCUGUUCAAAUAUACCACACUUCCCUUCGCGAUUAUCUCUCGACCAGUUCUCGGUCUGGGAACUUCCACGUUGACCCUGCAGAAUCUCAUCGCCGGCUGACCGGUUUCUGUCUAAGGCUCAUGCGCAGAGAGUUGAAAAGGGAUAUUUGCGGAUUGAACGAUCCGUCUAGGGCACACGUUGAGAUACCUGAAUUCGAGCGCAAACGCGAGGCGGCGAUCUCCGGCGCCCUGCGCUAUGCGUGUCUCUACUGGCCUUAUCACCUCGAAAGGAUGGGCCAGAGCUCCGAGAACCAAGUGCUUCUAGUCCAUUUUUUGCAGGAACAGCUACUUCUCUUUAUAGAAGCCUUGUCUCUGAUGGGGUGCCUUGAUCUAGCCGCGAUUCGCCUCACUGAUGCAUCGAGAGUAGUCUCGAUGUGGGGCUCCUCUCAUGAGCGAGACGCUGUACUCGAACUCUUAUACGAUGCCUGGCGGUUAGUUUCACAGUUCUUUGAGCCUAUCAGGGACUCGGCCCUGCAUCUUUACGAAUCUGCGCUUCCCAUGUGUCCUCUCGAUACUCGGAUUCGGCGCACAUAUCAAGGAGUGCUUGCGGGCAGUGCUGUUCUCAUCAAACAUGGCAUCGAUGACCGUUGGGAUAGCGUCUUGCGCACAAUAAACAUGGCGGUUGAGACGGGUGUCACAAGAUCUGUUGCUAACAGUAAAAUGUCCCCAGACGGCGGCCUGCUGGUGACGGUUUCUGGCGACGGCGACGUCGAGCUUUGGGAUCAUCUCACGGGUCUUUUACUUGAGUACAUAUUCCAUGUCUGGAACUCAGCUCAGCUCGGUCAGCGUCGUGUGGGAUAUGCUGCUCUGAAAGAUCACCGCAACUCUCCAUCUACGAUUCUCGAAGCCCGCAAUGCAGAGCCCAUCGAGUUCCCGGUCAACAAGGCCCAAAUCGACAACUUCUGCACCUCACGAGACAUGACCACGCUUGCCUACUUGGAUGAAAAGGAGCUCGAGUUUCAUUUAUACAACCUUGCCGACGGACGCUCGAUCAGUGACAUAGCGUUUGAUAGUGCGGCCACUGCCGUACGAAGUACGAAGUAG